AGCGUUUUGGGAGGGGCUAAGCUGAAACAGCGGAAAAUUCAAAACGAACAUGGCGGCUGAAAACGAUUCCCCAAAUAAAUUUAAACAAGGAAGAAGGAUGACACAAUGCAGUGUGUUUGUAAGCAAGGAAAAGCCCGAUACAAGCCAGCCUGUGAUCUUCAACCCAGACUUCUUCGUGGAGCGGCUGAAACACGAGCAUCCUCAGACCUUCACUGACUUGGUACUCAGCAACAUCACUCGGCUAAUUGACCUUCCAGGGGAUGAGUUCGCCCAGCUCACCGGAGAGUCCGAGCCUAGGCUGCCUUCCUCUUCUGGCUUUCUACGGUCCUUCAACUUCCUCAAACGGAAAGAAAAAGGAGUGGUGUUUGGUGCACCGUUAACUGAAGAAGGAAUAGCACAGAUCUAUCAACUUAUUGAAUUCCUGAGUAAAAACCUUCAUGUAGAGGGGCUUUUCCGUGUGCCAGGCCAUAGCCUACGGCAGGCAGCCCUGAGGGAGAUGCUGAACACAGGGGAAGAAAUAGAUCUAGAGACAGGCGACUUCCACCCCAAUGAUGCUGCAACGUUGCUCAAAACCUACCUGGGAGAGCUGCCAGAGCCACUGCUAACACACAGACACUAUCACGCUCACUUGAAAAUUGGAGAGCUGAUGUGCUUUGACGAUAAGGGGAAUAAGACCACUAUGCCUGACAAGGAACGCCAAACUGAGUCAUAUCAGCUGCUUUUCAUGCUGCUUCCUGCAGCCAAUCGCAGCCUGUUGAAGCUACUGCUGAAUUUGCUGUACCACACUGCCCGCAAUCAACACGUCAACAAAAUGUCAGCAAUGAAUCUAGCCACAAUGUUUGCUCCACACAUCAUCUGGCCCAAGAAUGUGAUGGCAAGUGAUCUUCAGGGAAACCUAGACAAACUGAAUAGUGGCAUAGCCUUCCUCAUCAGGCACUCGCAAAAAAUGUUCAAGGCGCCAGUCUAUGUCAAAGAAUAUGCACGCUUAUACUUCACAGGAUCAAGUGCUCUUCAAUCAAGGGAUGACUUGACACUUUGUUCUGGUACCAAAAAAGUGCCUAAUGAGCCAAUGGGUGCAACAACAACUGCCUGCUCCACUCCCCCGUGUCUGAAGCCAUCUGAGACGGAGAGUUACACUGAAACAGCCCUCAGGGAGUUGUAUCAGCAGGUGAACAGCAUGCCCGAGUCUGCAAAGAAAAAGAAGCUCAUCAGACAGUUUGAAAAACAGCCUUUUCUCACACCUACAUCCGAAUCAAGAACACCAUUCAACAGGAAACACUGGCGUUCACGCUCUUUAGGUGGAAUUAUCAAGAGGAAGGUGUUGGGAAGUCAAACACUAGUAGAGAAGGAAAACAGCAAACUGCAGAGUCCACUUUCCAGCAGUUCAAGUGAUGCCCAAUAAAAAGACCACUGGAUAUACAUUUCAGACAAUAAUCUUCACAACUAAGGAACCAUUAUAAGGCUGGUGAAAUCAGAUGAUUAUUUUAUUAAACUCGAGGUUAGUAUGAUGGCAAGAAAUAAGUGAUGAUAAUAGUGAUGAUUUACUUAAGCUACCUAACAUAAAUUAAGAGUGAUGGGAGAAAUGUUGAAAACCACUUUAAUUUAGCUUAGUGCAACUUACUGGUUUUCUUGCCUAGUCUAUGAAGUCAUGCUUUCUUUUCUCGCGUGUUUUUGUUUUUAUACUAUAUAAUUAGUACAUAAUAUACUUUUAUGUAAGAAUCUAUGCUUCAUUUCCCCAUGCAAUUGCUUUUUAAUCAAUUUGCAAGCCUAAAUGUACAAUAUCUAUAUAUUGUUAGUUAUCUGAAUGUUCAAAUGUUAGAUUUGCCUCCGUGUUUAGACACUGUUGAAAAUGUGAAUUAGAAAGUGAUGAAUUCACUGAUGUGCCUUAAAGUGAAUAGAUCUUAAUCUACUGCAUAAUUCAAAGUUUAUUUAACCUUAAGAUGUUUUCUCCUUCUACCAUAAAGUCACAAUAGCUUUAAAAGUACAAAUAGAAGAAGAAUCCAUUUAAAAAUCAGAGACUGAACCUGGAGAGAUCCAGACUCAUAGACCAGAAGAAUAACUUCAUAUUAUAUAAAGGCUCAAAUUUUGGCUGACUACACUGUGAUGCUAAAGAAACUUUACUUUGCUUUACUUAUUCUUUUGCAACGUGUACACUUUCUCAGGUCAGUUUUAUAGUUUUAUGCAAUGCUUUUAUAUUAUAUCUUUUAUAUAUUUUUAAUUUGGUUGUUUACAAAGAUGCUUUCUGAAAAGGGUUUAGUCUCUCACUUUAUUUAGCGCUGCUUAUUUCAGUGGGUAUUCUGAAAAGCUGUUACAAGGAAGCUAGAACAUGUUAAUUCUUGCUUGGUCGUCUUAAAUUACAGUGCCAACAGUUUACAUUGACGUUACUGUGAAACUAUGCAAACCAUUGUAAUUAAAAGACAUCUAGCUGA